GUGGUUUGCAAAAAGAAAAGCGCCAAUCGCAAACCUGUCAACCUGCAUUUCAGAAUGCAGUGGUAAAUGAAGCUCAGCAAAUUGGCAUGAAAAUCCUGGACGGGACUCCGCCAAACUCACUAUUGCCUAUUUCGAAUGCAUCCGUCACUCAAAGCAAGACUCGCAUUAGAGCUACUUCUGCAGGAUAGGACUGCGCUGCAAGGUGCUGCUCUUUGCUUCUUUCUCUCCUGGCCUCUUGUCCUAAAUAUUUAUUAUACACCCGUACGUCUACUCAUGAGCAUCCUUGCGUUUGUUAUCGGCACUCUGAUUCUACGGCCUAUCCAGGUACUCUUCUGGGCGCCGCUCCGAACAUUUGUGUUCUUCUAUAUCCACGUGGCAACUGGGAUACCACGCAAGAUACGGCAGGCAAAAAAGCUCUCGGAGAACCCAUGGACCUCGCUUGACAGCUACGACCCAUUGCUGCUUGUAUCUGCAACCGAGCUGGCACGCCGCAUCAGAGCGGGCGAACUUUCCUCCGAGGCAGUGGUGAAGGCUUACAUCAGACGCAUCCAAAAAGUGAAUCCGCUUAUCAAUGCGGUGGUUGCCAGCCGCUUUGAGACUGCAAUCCUGGAAGCGCGCGACGUUGAUAGGCUCGUUGCCAAGGGUGGACUGCCGAAUGGACACAACGCGCAGGAGAAGCCGUUCUGGGGUGUGCCAAUUACAGUCAAGGAGAGCAUUGCAGUACAGGGCAUGCCAAACACGUACGGGCUGGUAUGGCGAACCUCUGGAACGUAUAGCCCAGCACAAGAGCACUCUGUACGUGCACAAAAGCUAAUCGACGCUGGCUUCAUUAUCCUUGGUGUCACCAAUAUCUGCGAAGCGCUGAUGACAGGCGAGAGCGACAACAGGGUAUACGGCCGCACAUUCAACCCGUACGACUUGGCACGCAACCCUGGUGGAAGUUCAUCUGGUGAGGGUGCAAUUGUUGGAGCUGCAGGGUCGGUCAUUGGCGUCGGCACUGACCUUGGUGGAAGCAUCCGUAUGCCUGCGUUUUUCUGUGGUGUCUUUGGUCACAAAACAACAGCUGAAUGGAUCCCCAAGGAGAAGCCCAACUUCAUGUCGCCAUUGACAGCGGAAAAAGCUGCUUGCUCCUCUACCGGUCCACUUUGCCGAUAUGCAGAGGACAUGGCACCAUUUGUGUCGGCGCUCAUCGGCCGCAACAUUGGAGACCCUAGGUCCAUUGACCUGAGCAAGCUACGUGUGGUUGCCUUCCCCGAUGGACUCGGCCAUAGUAUGCUGAUAUCCAAACUCGACCCUGCUUUGCACACAGCGGUUAUCGACGUUACCAGCUAUUUGGCACAGCAGGUGGUUGGUCAGGAGAAUGUCAUCAUGGCCCAGAUGCCGUCCUAUAUUAGCCAGGCGUCUGUAAAGUUCGGCCCAAUGAUUGCCACCGGCGAACGGACCCUGCCAGAGAUUUUGGGUGGGGAGGGUAUGCCGCACGCAGACCUCACACGAGAGCUUGCCUCCUUCAUCAAGGGCAGCUCGAAUUACACUGGGUAUUCGUUCCAGAACCACCUACUGCGCAUCCUGCCCACACCAAAGGGCACGCGUGAGCAGGUUGUGCCGUUCUGGAACAAACUGCGGGAUCAUCUAGAAACUCUCAUGGGUGAAAAUGGCGUCAUGAUAUUUCCACCUCAUCCAUGUGUUGCGCGGCCACAUGGGACUGACUUUUUUAACCGCCCUAAUCUCAUGUACACCGCGAUAUUUAACGCUCUUGGGUUCCCUGCUACACAGGUGCCGCUUGGGCUGAACAAGGAUGGCCUGCCGCUAGGCGUACAAGUAAUCGCGCGCAAGGGCGACGACCUAAAGACCAUAGCCGUAGCAAUUCAGCUCGAGAAGCGCUUCGGUGGCUGGACACCGCCUCGUCGCUUUGGUGCCCCACUGCCUGAGCAUGAUACUGAGAAGCUCUACAAUCAUCGCAUGAAGAAGUAGACGUAGGCAUUGAUUUAGGAAUGUAACCCACACGAUACAAAAGGCUGGGGGCUGCCUCUAUGCUCACCUAAUCCUGUGUU